GCGUGUUGGAGUCGCAACCAAAAGCUCAUCAUGCGACCAGCGCCUUGCAUGGUGCCCUUUGCUGGGCGCCAGUGGCGCCGUCAUGGCUGGAGCUUCGAGGUCUUUAUGGCUCCAGGAGACCUCCCUGAAACUGGACAGCUACUGCUGGCGUGAGCACACCUUGGCCAAGCCCAUCCAAUACUCCAUCCCCACUCGCAAAUGGCAGCACUACCGGCCGCUGCGCGAGAGGCGGAAGACUUGGGACUUCGCACCGUUGAUCCCCGGCGAUCCGCAGACCUAUCAAUACACCGAGGAGGAGUCCUACCUGGAGAUGUAUGCCUCCUCUCUCUUUUGCAUCACGAAAAAGAAGGGUGGCUGGGAUUGCCUUCGGCAUUACGAGAUUUUGCUGGCUGGAUGCAUGCCUUACUUUCUGGACAUUGAUCUCAUGCCCAGUCGGAGCAUGGUGAACUUUCCAAAGCUCUUGAUCCAGGCGCUCAUGCGCUUGCCAGGAGUGCCGCCAGAGUCGGACGUGGUGGAGGCCAUGUCCAACGGUACCGGAAGCCGUUUGACGCUGGACCACGGUCGCUUCGACCGCGCGCUGUUCGAGCGGUUGCGGAAGAAGGUCCUGCACUACGUGGAGGAGUUCAUGCUCAGCUCACAGAGGGCUUUGGAGUUGCGCAUCACCACGCCACGCGUCUUCGUGCAUUCCACCUGCACGGCGGCCAAGCCGGUGGACUAUCUACGCGAAUUGCUGGUGAUUGGCUUGUUGGAGUUGGGUUUGGAGAUUUAUGUGAACUGCGACAUGAGCUACAUUUUUGCGGACUUCGAUGUGGCUAGCCAAGCAGAAACCUGGAAGACCUCUUAUGGCAGAGGUUUCCUCUAUGAACGUGCCCUGGAGACCUCCGCCCAACAGCGACUCACUUUCUGGCGCACUGGGGAUCCGGUGCCCUCCGAGCCCUUGACGUAUGUGAAGACCACGUACAACAACAAGCCAAUCCCUCAGGAGGACUUGGUGAGCCGAGGUGUGGAUUUGGUGGUGGAUGGCAACGACAUUUGGGCUCCUCAUCAUCCACCCCCAAGCAGCGCUUUGCAGCGGUGGUUCCUACGAGAGGGCACCAGCUGCCAUGAGUUCCAAAGGCCAGCUCAGCAGGUGCUGGCCAUGUUGGACUCAGGUGAUUUGUGGAACUGCGAUCACGCUCCGGGAAGUCAUUUGUGUCCAAACCUUCAUGAAGCUGCAAGCCUGUGGUAUGAAGGCCUUCGGGUGCUCCCGGCUUUGCGGGCUUGGAGGGGCUACAGGAAUGAGGAAGCUCACCAGCGGCUCGUGGGCGACGCUUGGGAUUAUAUGCACACGGUUCCCUUCCACCCGGAGUUCGUGCAAAAGUAUGUGACCAUCGCCACCAACAGCCGGCAAUUUAUGGAUGCCUACCGGAGCAUCAUCCUCCGGACAGAACGGCGCGCGGAGUUCAACCAGUGGGCCGGGCCGCAGAUUCUGCAGGAUGCAGCGGAUCCCUUGAAGCUCUUGGCAGACUGUGGCCGGCAGCUUCGGAAGGUCCUCGUGCAGCAUCCGUGUGCUUGUGGCCAUUCCCGGGGAAGCGUUCUGGCUGUGCUGCAUCUACUCUCGGGUGAGACCAAUGAAGGUGUCGAGCUUUCGCAGAUCCAUGGGCUUUUGCUCUAUGGUUUCGAGUGUGCCUCCCAGAUUGUGGGCGAGAAAUUCGAGCAGGAGUUGCUGAAGCUCCGCGAAGACGACCAUCCAAACGCUGCGGACGCGCCGUGGCCGGCGCUCACGCUCGCGCGGCAGCGUUUGGCCGAGGUGUUGUUCCCCACUGCUGCGAACAGCUCCUUGGAGUUCCUGUCCGUCACGACCAUGAGCGCCUUGGCAGGGGACGCCGCGACAAGUCAAUCGCAACUCCUGGAGGCUUGGAGCAACAUCCAGAGAGUGCUUCGAAGCCUGGAGAUGGAGGAUUAUGAACUCAAGGGCUUCCUCCAAGAGCUCUUCAUUGCCCAAGACGUCGCGCUGCCCUGGGCUGACCUGAGCCGACGGCUGCGGCGGCGACGUCGCGGGUUAUUGGGACAACUGGCAAGCUUGGGUACCUGAAAGAGCGCUUGUGGAGUUCAUCUGACAGGAGUUGUGGUCGUUUACAACAGCACCCGUGCAGCGGUUGUUUGCCUUCCACGAAGGCAGCAGGUUUCCAGGGACGGCUUGAUGCAGCAUGAUGCAAUGUUGGGUGAGCUUCCAGAACAACCAGCACGUCCACCCUUUGAGGAACGUUUUGGCACAGCUCCGUGCCCUACAGGAGUUCUCCGAUCUGCAGGAGGUCAGUUCAGUGAUUCACCCUGAGUGCUGGACCGGUGAAGGCUUUGAGGGUCACAACCCCCAAGGCUUGCAGGGUCACAACAGCGCUGCGCUUUUCCAGCUAAGGCUGUCGUUGUCAUAGCAACCAAACCAAGCUCGGAAGAAUGAAUAAUGACGUGCAGACCAAAAAGUUUUGCGCGGCCGACGGAG